AUGGCAAGAUCAGGUCAUUCCACUCAGUUGACUUCUGGAAGACAGAGAACACAUCAACCACAGUCACAGAAGCUCAGGGAAAACGAAAUUUCAGAGCUGAAGAACUACCUUCCUGAGUGGACUUCUGCAAAAAGGAGUGAGAAACAGGGAGUUUUCAAUGCCAUAGUGCGAGCGGCCAGGUUAUUUGCUCCUAAGGUCGACCAAGGACAAUGGAAAAAGAGGAAGCAGAUGUAUAAGACUUGGUUGUUCAACAACAAGAAAAUGAAGGAAAUGAAGGACAUGAUUAAGUAUGGGAGGAAAUGGAUGCCUAGGCAGGUGAUCUACCAGCAGAACAGAGAGGAAGUGCUAAAGAGGAUUGAGGACGAGUUCGGGGCAAAGCCAGGAGGUCAAGACAUGUUCAAGUAUUAUCAAGGUGCGGUGAAGAAGGUCAUGGCUGAAUUGUCCAAGGAUGAGUUGGAGAAGGUGAAAGAAACCGCCAAAGAAUGGUCCAACAAUGUUCCUCCUCCUGAGAUACAGGCGCAAGUCGCCUGUAAGAAGGGACCUGUAUAUAUGGAGCACUUUUCAAAUGAGAUGUGGAGACAAUGCAGGAUGAGAGUGUUUGUGUUGUCGGCUUGGAAGAAUGAAUGUGGAGAGGUGCUGCUCAGGAUGCAUGAUGAUAACGAGGCAUUAAGGGAUGGGGAUGGCUUCAUUAAGACGAAGGACUGGGAGGACAUAGAGCCGGUUUGGCAGGAGUACGCGCAGGAACAGUUCGGUGCUGAGGCAUGGGAUGGAGGACAACAGGUGAAGGGAGGGGAUGGGAUGCCUUUGCUUCCAGACAUCAUGGAAACAAAACUUGAGCAGAAGAAGGCCAUUGUGAGGGCUUUUCUUACAAAGCACUAUCCGGAUGUAGACUUGAAGGAGCCUUCCAAGUUGCAAAAUUGGGAUACCACUGCCUUGCUCAAUUUCUGGUAUGCUCGGCAGGAGACAGGUGAAGGUCCGAUGUUCCUGUUCAAAGCAUGGAGGAAGAAAGAAGGUGACAUGGUAGAUUCCGUUGUAUCCAAGAAAUCACCUCCUCAUCAGAAGUGUAAGAGGGUGAUGAUCCGGAGACCUUGGGAUUUGUCAAUCGAAUCCGAGAGUGAUGCCGAGGGCAAUACUCAUCCAGAUGACGAAGCUGAUGUUGAUUCAGCUGAUGGUAGAUCCCCACAAAAGAGAUCCAGAAGAGCUGUGGGUCCUGCAUCAGCAUGUGAAGGAACUGCAGUGCCACAUUCAAUUUCCAAGCCUCACCCAGUCAAGCCUGCAAAAUCCGGCGCCCUCCUGACAUCACAAAUGGGCGACCUCCUGGCUGGCUUUAAUGCUGGAGACACCGGUGAUGUUGAAAAUGCAGUUCCACUGCCGGCCCCAAAGAGUAUCCGGGGGAAGAAAGAUGUGAUUGAGGCACCGGCGAGAACAACUCGGAGUAAGUCAGUGCAACAACCAUCUGACAGAGUUACUAGAGCAAGGGGCAAAAAGUAA